GCAAUGCCUCUACUCGCAGUCAGUCGACUCGUGAGAGCGUCGAGGCACGGUCGCGCCACGCGACGCUUUGAACGGCAUUACGUUUCUAUAAAAACACGAUUAUCGUCAAAGUGCUACAAUCAUAAACUUACAGACUUAAUAUUAAACCAAGUGAAGUUGAAUCAUAAAACGAUCUUAUCUGAAGAUUUCACUUAUGAUAUUGAACGUUUCAGCAGAAGUGAACGGUUUAUGUGAGAAUUCUGUUUACCUUACUGUGGACAUUACAAACACAUAGUGAAAUAAAGAAUAUAGUCAUGUGCUUUAUCACAAUAAGGACUAUUACGUGUUAAAUUGGUGUUCAAAUAGACUUUAUAAAUUGAUGGAUACUACACAUCCGGCAAGGGGACAUAACAAACGAACGCCGACGGAAAAAACAUGACACUGAAUCUACUGUGUCUUGUUUUCUUUCUUCCUUGAUAUUUGAUUUUUCCAAUAAUGGCUGUUCAGCAAACUUUUCUAAGAAAACGGCUCUUUGGUCAAAUUGUAUUAUGGCUUAUCGUCGGAUUGAAUGUCGCAGAUCAGAGCUCAUUGCCAUUAAAAUAUGAAGCUCCCGACGAUUGCCAGUGGUGGCUAAGGGGUCCAAAUGAUGCCCAUGAAGUUUCUCUCACAUGUAAACUUCGUACAAUAAAUAGUGAAUUUGACACAACGAACUUCAGUGUAAUUCCAUCGGAACAUACAACAUCUUUAAGAAUAGAAUGCAAUGAAGAAAUGAUGUAUAAAAGUUCAUUAGAUGACCGUAGUUUCGCACAUUUAGUAAAACUACGUGAACUUGUUUUGGAUAACUGUAAAAUUGGAAGAUGGCUGCCCGGUGUGUUAUCCGGUCUAAAAGACCUCAGAAAUUUAACUAUUCGAACGAAAAAUACAGAAUGGGCUGCCAUGAGUUUAGAAAUAGCAUCAGAUAGCUUUACAGCAGUUCGACAAUUAGAAAAGCUAGACCUCAGUUUUAACAAUAUUUGGUCAUUUCCUGAAAAUUUGUUUUGCCCCUUGACUAAUUUAGUGUACUUAAACGUAUCUUCAAAUAGGCUCCAAGAUGUGAGUGAUUUGGGAUUCAGAGAACGAGCUAUGCAUCAAGCACUAAUUAGUGAACAAGAUGGACCACUUCCUUCGGUAGCGUCGUUACCACAUACUUCUUGCUCAUUAGAUAUAGAAGUAUUAGAUGCUUCAAGUAAUCACUUUGUAUUAAUGCCAGAAAAUGGUUUUAUGGCUCUUAGAAGACUAAAAGAAUUACAUAUUCAUGAUAAUGAAAUUUCUAUGGUCGCUGAUAAAGCAUUAUCUGGAUUGAAACAACUGCAGAUAAUAGAUCUUUCAAAUAAUAAAAUCGUGGCUCUUCCACAAGAUUUAUUUAAAGAUUGCAGACCAGUCAUCAAGGAAGUUUAUUUACAAAAUAAUACAAUCAGUGUACUUUCGCCAAGUCUCUUCGCAAAUUUGGAUCAGUUAUUAGCAUUAGAUUUAUCUAAUAAUCAUUUAACAAGUACUUGGAUAAAUGAAAAUACUUUCACCGGCUUAAUACGAAUGGUAUUGUUAAAUUUAUCUAAUAACAGACUAACUAAACUCGAUCCAAAAAUAUUUAAAGAUUUGUAUACGUUACAGAUUUUAAAUGUACAGCAUAAUAUGUUAGAAAGUAUUGCGGCCGAUACAUUUUCACCAAUGAAUAAUUUGCAUACUCUUAUACUAUCUUACAACAAAAUAUCCCAUAUCGAUGCAUACGCUUUGAAUGGAUUGUACGUAUUGUCACUUCUGUCGAUAGACAAUAAUCAACUAGAAGAGCUCCAUCCUGAGGCAUUUAGGAAUACAUCAUCCCUUCAAGAUUUGAAUUUAAAUGGAAAUCGUUUAAAGCAAGUACCGAUUGCGCUUCGAAACAUGCGAUUACUCAGAACGCUUGAUCUUGGAGAAAAUCAGAUAACAUCACUGGAAGAGCCCGGAUUUGUGGGUUUGCAUAAUGUAUACGGCUUACGCCUUAUUGGGAAUAAAAUAGAAAACAUAAGCAAAGACGUGUUUUCUGAUUUACCAUCUCUUCAAAUUUUAAAUUUAGCUCGAAACAAAUUAAAACAUAUAGAUAUAAAUGCAUUCGAAACGCUAACAAAUUUACAAGCCAUUAGAUUAGAUGCAAACCAACUCACAGAUAUACAAGGUCUAUUUGUAAAUAUUCCAUCUUUGUUGUGGCUAAACGUAUCAGAUAACCAAAUAGAAUGGUUUGAUUACGCUGUUAUUCCUCCGGGACUUCAAUGGUUGGAUCUUCAUAGUAACAACAUAAAAGAGUUAAGAAAUAACUACCGCAUGGAUAAAGAGUUACGUUUGCAAACAUUGGAUGCGAGUUUUAAUAAAAUGACCAAAAUAUUCACAUACUCUAUUCCAAGUAGCGUAGAACUGCUGUUCCUUAAUGAUAAUCAAAUUACACAAGUUGAAGCUCAAACUUUUGUUGGAAAAACCAAUUUAACAAGAGUCGAUUUAUAUGCAAAUCAAAUAACUAGUAUGGAUCUCAAUGCGCUUCGCCUAACUCCUGUGGAUCCUGGACGCCCCCUGCCUGAAUUUUAUAUUGGUGGAAAUCCAUUUCAAUGCGACUGUACAAUGGAAUGGCUUCAACGUAUCAACAAAUUAGAUCACCUAAGACAACAUCCUAGAGUGAUGGAUUUAGAGAGUAUUUACUGUAAAUUAUUAUAUAAUCGUGAAAGAACAUAUAUUCCAUUAAUCGAAGCGGAAUCAUCGCAGUUUCUGUGUACAUAUAAAACUCAUUGUUUUACAUUGUGUCAUUGUUGUGAUUUUGAUGCUUGUGAUUGUGAAAUGACGUGCCCAUCGAACUGUACAUGUUAUCACGACCAGCCGUGGUCAGCGAAUAUUGUGGACUGUUCUGCUGCGGGGUAUUCAGAAAUACCUAGCAGUAUACCUAUGGACGCUACUGAAUUAUAUUUAGAUGGUAAUAAUUUUGGUGGUUUAACAAGUCAUGCAUUUAUUGGACGUAAAAAUUUAAAAAUUUUAUAUGCUAAUAACUCUAAUAUUGACGCUUUGUAUAAUAAUACGUUUAGUGGACUAAAACGCUUAACAGUGUUGCAUUUAGAAAAAAAUAAUAUCAAAGAAUUAUUAGGUUUCGAACUGUCUCCUUUGGAACAUUUACAAGAACUACAUCUACAAGACAAUAAAAUACAUUAUAUCGAUAAUCGGACAUUCAUUGAGUUGAGGCGUUUAGAAGUACUCCGUUUGGAAGGAAAUAACAUUUAUGGAUUUGCUGUGUGGCAAUUCACGAUGAAUCCAUAUUUGGUUGAGAUAAGUCUCUCUCGUAAUUCGUGGUCAUGUGACUGUCAGUACUUACAUAAAUUUAGAAAUUGGUUUAAAAAUAACCUUGGUAAAGUGGAAGACGCCGAUAAAAUUACUUGUAUAUUUGACAACGUGACAAAUACAGUGGGUCCAUACAUGGCCGAUUUUAACUCUACUAUUUGUACCAGUCAUGUCGGUGGGAGUUCCUCGAUUAUAGAAAAUCAAGUAAUAAAUGAUUAUCUACCAUUAUUACUGAUAUCGCUGUGUGUAUUUAUUAUUAGUUCUAUUCUAAUAUGUGGUAUAUUUUACUGGCGCCGUGAGCUCCGUGUAUGGAUUUAUUACCAUUGUGGAUUCAGAAUGUGUUAUAAAAGCACGGCUUUUGACGACGAAGCCGAUAAAGACCGGCUAUUUGACGCCUACAUCAGUUAUAGCGUGAAAGAUGAAGCAUUCGUCGCACAAAUGCUAGCGCCUGGCCUAGAAUCAACAGACCCCAGCUUUCGCCUUUGCCUACAUUACCGUGAUUUUAACGCGUCCGCUUAUGUAGCAGAUACGAUAAUAGAAGCCGUGGAAUCCUCAAAGAGAACUAUUGUAGUCCUAUCUAAAAAUUUCAUUAACAACGAAUGGUGUCGUUUCGAAUUCAAGACGGCGCUACACGAAGUAUUGAAAGAGAGACGAAGAAGACUGAUAAUAAUAUUGCUAGGCGAGCUACCUAAUAGGGAUAUUGAUCCAGAGUUGAGGUUGUGUUUAAAAGCAAAUACGUGUAUAGAGUGGGGGGAUAGGCAGUUCUGGCAAAAACUGAGGUUUGCAAUGCCGGACUUGAGGAAGUGUCAGUAUCACCGUUCGACUGUGAAUAUUUACGCGUCGGUGUCACCGGUGGGGGCCGGACGGGCGCCGGCGCCGCCCCCUCCGCCACCGCCGGGCAAACUCCCCCCUCUGCUGGGCGACGGGCUGGCGCUGCCGGCCGGCGUCCACGCACGAGAUCCGCACCCACACCGCUUGCCACCGCACGCGCAGCUUUGGGCGUAGCGUAUGCUCCAACGCAGUGCAUCUUCAGAGCGCACUGCGUAUACCUGGCUACCAGACACCAGGAUCGAAUUUUGUUCUCCAUACAGUCGAAGGAAGAGUUCGAAUUCGACCGUUUAUGAAAGUGACUGAUGGUACGAUGGCUUCGACCAACUCGAAGAGGCUUUACUUUGAUCUCGGACACUUAAUGUGCAGAACUCUCUAUUAUGACAUUAUUUUGUGACAGUGUAAAACAUCGAUUCAUUUAGUUUCACUUCUUUAUAAUUUUUAUUUUAUGGACGUAGUCACUGUAUAUAGUUUAACAUCUUGUAUAUAUUAUAUUUAUACUAAUGUAUUUGACAUAGUCUUGUCCUGAUAGAUAAAUAUUGUCGAAGUUCAGUGGAGGAAAAUCACGUUGAAGUGUUGAACAUUUUUACUCAUAAAUUCGCUAAUAUUCUCGCAUCUACUUUGAAACGAGAAACGAGAAACUUCGUCUUGGUUGCCGACAAUGAAUAUUUAUGACGGGCAACGAGUAAUGCUCCAUUUAUGGACAAAGUUAGAAUGUAUUCUACCGACUUAUCAAACGAGCAACCCAUAUCGCAAUGUGUUUCAAUACACAAUGAGAAACUAAUGACUUUAAAAGCCAAAGUUCACUACUGGAAACAACUAUAUUAUUAUUUGCUGGCAACACUUUGGCGACACUAUUUUGCUCUUUAAUUUUUUCCCAUAAAACAGAACUAGCAAAGUACGUCUCAUUACAAAAAUAACACAUAAUUUAGAUUUAAUUAUAAACUGUCAACUAUAAUUGAUCUUCUUUUUAUAAUUUUAUAUUAGAUAAGACAUACAAAUAAUAAUUAAAUUGUUAAUUAUCUUCUUUGAAAUUGUAAUUUGUAUUCAAGAGAAUAAAUUUCUUUUUAUCAUUGUCUGAAAAUGUAAGUACACUUGUACAAUGCAAACGUACUAAUAUCGAGCAAUGUCAAAACUAAUUUAUUCUAUAAACAUUAAUUUACCUGAUUCUUUAUACAACUCUUACUGUUACUACAUUCUUAGUAAUAAUUAUUACUGUAAUAAAUACUACGAAUUUUCAUAUGUGUAAUUAAGCUUAGAAUUAUGCAAUGUAAUGUAAGAUAUGACACCACGGUUAUUAUAUAGAUAGAAAUUAAAAUGUAUUAGUAGAUAGAAAAUUGAUAUUUGCUGUGAUUUUUAAUUUAAUGUCAUUAAAAAUAUAUUUUAAGGUUUCUUAAAAUUAUAUUGUUACAGCAUUUUCGUCCGUCCGUAUCUUAUUGGAUUUAAUAUUUCCUUAAUUAUUGUUUUUCAAUGUAACCUCAAACCAAAAACUAAAUAAUUUGUAUAUUAUUAUAAACCAAUACUGCUGUACGUGUAAUACUGUGAAAAUUUUUAUCAAAAUUCAAAUUUUUGUGUGUGGUUUUCUACAACUAGCGUAGACAUAAAAUUAAUACCUAAAAAUAAUAAUAACAAAAAUGUGUAAAUUUUUAUUUAAUACUUUGACGAUUAUUUUCUUUCAUACGUUAUUCUUAUGAUUAUUCUUUAUUAAAUUAAUAAUUAUUAAAUUGUAUUCCAUUAUUUCUAUGUUAUCUACUACACAUAUUACACUAACUUAUUGUAACUGAUAUAAAAUUAUAAUAUAAAUAUUAAUAAUAUUUAAUCGUAAGAUUUAUUUUUAUAAUAUAGAUUGUCCCAGGUUUCACGACACACGAUCCAAAGUAAAUAAUUAUUGUACAAAAUAAUUAUCUUAAAAUAACUUGUAAAUAAAAUUAGAUAGGUAGUAAUAGCUAUAAGUAACGUUGGCUCCAGACAAUUGUUUUUGUUAAUAAGAAUUUGGUAUAUUUUGGCAUUGAGUGUAAAUCUAAUUGAAUUUGAGACUGUAUAUGGUGAGAAACCUCAGGUGAGGGCUAAAUGUUAUAUUGUAAUAUAAAUUAUCUUCAUAAAAAUAUUAUUUACAGCAUUUUAUUAAAAUAAAAAGUAAAUGUAUACAGGGUGCAUUUAUAUAAUUCUAACUUAUAUUAUAAACGUGAAAUUGAGUUUAUGUGCUUAACUCCUCUUGGGGGCUUUAACUCCUAACUCUAACCGUAACGAACAAAAUUGUCAGAUACGAAUUUUAAUUUUUACCCAAACGUUUCUAAAAAUUUUUCUCCAAAUUGAUACAAUUUCCAGGACUUUUGCCUUUUUCUUGUAUCUUUUUUCUUUACGUUUUGUCAUGUGCCACAAAAUAAACGAUAAACUCUCAUCUUUAUUCUCUGUUUUGCUACCUUCAUUUUUUAUAGUAUAUUUAUGCACUUCUUAAUAAUUUAUAAGUAUCAAAACUCCAAAAAUAUCGCCAAAAUUUUCCAAGCUCUUUUCACUUUUUUCCAAAAAAUAUUUUCAAAAAUGUAAUUUCCUCAAACUUUCGAAAAAAAUACCCAAUCUCAAUGCUGGUUGCGAAAUUUGUUAUACGAGUAAUAUUUGAGACGAUAAAGAAUAUCAACAUAUCCCGUUCACUUGAACAAAUUUGUGGAGAAAAAACUAGUUAUUAAUACCUAUUUCACUAAUUGUUUAUAGAAUCCCAUAGUUAUAUUAUACUAAUUUGUAUAUGUAUGUUAUAAUUCAAGGCCAGUUUAUUCCAUGGCUGCUUCAAUAUUCAUUUAAAUCCAUCGAAACAUUGAUACGUGAGUCUGUAUUAAACACGUAAUGUUUCAUUCCAAUCCAUUCAAGAUUUUUUUUUCAGCAAAAUACAAAACAUUAUGUACACUAUAGAAUAAACGUAGUACAACAGACUCACUUACUUACUCACUGGAAAUAAAAUGACAGCAGUGAAACUAAAACACAAUUACACUAAUGUACGUAUGAUGAGAUAUGAGCAUAUCACAAUUCUAAAGUUGAAUAAAACUGAAGUUAAAAACGGUUGAUAUUUACGUACUUUUUAAUAUUUUAAUAGCAAUUCUUAGAUAUUCAGUAUUUUAUUGCAUUUAUAAUUUUCAAAUAAAUCUCAUUUAAGCAGCAAAAUUUUUAAAACAAUAUUACAUAUAGUUUGAGAAUGUGUAUUUUUAUGAGUUUAUUUUAUAGUGUACAACUAGAAAUGUAAACCGAUUACAUUAAUUAAUUAUGUAAUUAAUAAAUGUGCAUAUAAAUUCGUUUUAGGUUUUUCUAUAUUUUUAGUAAAUUCUCUAAAAAGUAUAAUUUUAUUGAAAUAAAUCAGAACAUCAUGCAUAACUAAAGCGUUGCUUUUGGUUGUGUCUAUUUUUGAAAACAUUUAAUAAAGUAAGA